GGACCGAAAGUGAGGCAAGCAAAGCUACAGGCCAGGCCCGCCCUCCUCCAGGUCUCAGGGUGGGCGCUGGGGCUAAUGAGCAGAGCGGCUCUGCUCAGAAGGAGAAGCCCAGAAACCGCCAGCAGGGAUGUGACGCAUGCGUGCAACCCGCAAGGCUCCGCCCGGAACCGCCCGCCGCUGCAAAGUGUUGGGAAGUAAGUAAGGUACAGAGUCGGAAGACGCUUGCCCAGAGGAUUGCUUCCGGACGCCCGGGACCAAAUUCUGCAACCAACCCUCGAUUUUUUUUUUUUUCCCCCAGCUUCUAGGAAUUGCAGUUUAUAAAUCUUAUUCCAACCCCCUUGCUUGGGAAUCGCAACAUUGCCAAUGGACCUGAUAGGUUUUGGUUAUGCAGCGCUUCUGACAUUUGGAAGCAUCUUUAAUUAUAAACGAAGAGGUGGUGUUCCAUCCUUGAUUGCUGGUCUUUCUGUUGGAGUUUUGGCUGGCUAUGGAGCUUACCGUGUCUCUUAUGACAAGCGAGAUGUAAAAGUGUCAUUGCUUACAGCUUUCUUCCUGGCCACCAUAAUGGGUGUGAGAUUUAAGAGAUCCAAGAAGGUAAUGCCAGCUGGACUGGUUGCAGGUUUAAGCCUCAUGAUGAUCCUGAGACUUGUCUUAUUUCUGCUCUGAAAAUCUGGAGGACCUGCAAACUACAUUUACAUCAUCAGUCCAUUAUAAGGGACAGAGCAUACUCUUUGUUUUUAAGAGAUAAAUUUCAAAAUGAAAUAUUAGUGUCUUAAUUUAAGUUAGAAACAAAGCAAACUGUCACCUCUAUAUGUAAGCCCUAGUUCUUCUUUCUUUCUUCCUUUUUUUUGAAACAAAACCCAAAAACUUUAUUUUCCAGUUGUCAAAGUCAUCUCUUUAAGCAUCUAAUGAAUCAUACACAUACACACUUUCAGUUUCUGUGUUUAACUUUUUAUGUGUGGCAUUUUGUUUUACAAUUUCAAAUACUUGUGUGAAGUAUAUUUAAAUUAAGUUACAAUUAACCAUUAAUGGAAUGACUGGCGUAAACUUUAGAGAAUGCUAACAUAUCUAUAUUCCAUUUGUAUUACAUUAAAAAUUAUAUUUUUUGCAUCUAGUUGUAUUCCUGCCAACAUUACUUUUCCUUGAAAAAAAUUCAGUUCUCAGCAAGCUUUGUGUCCUAAUAAUAAUAAUAUGUGCAAUAUUCAAAUAAAAGAUGUUCUGCUUUAAACUCAUUUGUUUGAUUUUAAUAUCUUCUUUAUAUAUUCAAGCCAUUUAACAUUUAAGUGUUCAGUUAUUAAUGAAAAACACUGGGAAAAGGGUCAUUAAAGCCAUAACCGAGGUCUCUA